AUGACGUGCUGCGUUCUACGAGAUGCUCCCGGACGCUUCUCGACCCAAGCUCGUGGGCUCAUGCGGCGAGCAAGGUACUGUGAGCCACCGUUGAGAAUCCCCUUCCGACAAGAAUUCUCAAGCUGGUGCGGAGCGAAAGCUACCGCUUCUCGGUCCAGUACGGGUGCCCCACCUUCAAAUCCAAGUGCACCCCUCUCGACAUCGCAACCUAAGACGAUCGCAGCUACUGUCUCUUGUUCUGCGGAGCGGAGAUUCUCACAGUCAUCACUCAGCUCGACAUGCGCAUCUCGCGCUCUGCACCAACGAGCCACCAAAGAAUCUUUAUCACAGCCCGACCAGCGCAUUAGACGUGGAAUUCCAGCAUUUGCCUUCGACAUCGAUGGCGUUCUUGUCAGAGGAGGAAACCCAAUCGAAGGUCUUUUGCCCAUCUUUCAGAGACUCAACCAUGCCUUCUCAUUCAGAGUACCGCACGUCUUCCUGACGAACGGAGGCGGUUACGCAGAAGCUGUCAGAGCGAAACGUUUGGGCGAAUUGACACGCAGUGAGGUGAGCAGCUGUGCGACAUUAUCUCCGGCGCGGCUGGCACUCAUAAUCGACUUGCAUUUGGCGGGUGACAGGUCUCCGAAGAACAGAUCAUUCAAGCACACACAGUCCUGCAAGAGCUGGUGCCCUCGUAUGCAGAUCGACCCGUGCUGGUUCUUGGCGGCGCCUCCGAGUCCAAAGUACGGACAGUGCACGAUGUGAUGCGCGGGUGAGUGCAUCAGGCCGGGUAGACGUGAUUCCGCACAGGCUCAUCGAACCGAUUCCGCCCGCCCACCUCUCUAGCUACGGCUUCAAAAACUUCACGCUAGCCUCCGAGGUGCAUUCAUGGAGGUUCGAUGUUUGGCCAUUCCACGACGCUCCCGAGGGCAAUCUGAGUGAAGGUCGAGCGUGGCUGAAACGCCAUGCUGAGCAGCGGCAUCACCACGAUGCAGUGUCAGAGAGACGCUUCGAGGCUGUCAUCGUUUUCCACGACUCGAGAGAUUGGGGAGGGGACAUUCAGCUCAUGUGUGAUGUGUUGCGAAGCCCGACUGGUCAGAUUGGGACGCUGGGUGACGAUACGCAUCCACAAGCCCCCGUCUUUUUCACCCACGAGGAUCUGAGUGAGUGCCUGCGUGAGGAUGCGCCCCCUCUUUUGGUCAAUUUAGCUCAUAGACAGCUUCAAUCGCUGCACACAGUCUGGACCAACUCCUUUCCCACGCCCAGAUUCGGUCAGGGCGCUUUCCAGCUUGCUGCACGAGCAGUGUACAAGGCGGCGUCUGGCAGAGAGUUGCAAGCGACGACUUUCGGCAAACCUCAUCGUGCUACCUAUGCUUUUGCUGAAAAGAAGCUCAAGGGCUUUGCAAAGGCGCAAGGAUUGGGAGCGGAGGAUGUUGCAGAUGUGUGGAUGAUUGGUGAUAAUCCUGGUGAGUGAGAGCGCUGUUGAAGCGCGCCUUCACAGUCCAAGACGGCAAGGAUGAGCAGAGAAGUUUCGGACUGAAAUCCAGCGCAUCUUCUCUCCCCCUUUCCCCCUAGCUUCCGACAUUGCUGGGGCCAAUGCUUUUGGUUGGAAAUCUGCAUUGGUGAGAAAUACUCUUGAAGCUUUUUUGAACUCUUGAAAGUUUUGGAGCGCUUACUUCUUUUCAUUCCCGCGUGCGCCCCCCCCUGUCGUAGGUCGAGACUGGAGUGUAUGUGCCAGGCACAAGGGCAGCUUUUGAGCCCACCAUGCAUGCGCGCUCAGCAGAGCAAGCCAUUGAGCGCAUUCUUGCUCAGUACGAUCUCGACUGA